UUGAUGAGUACAGUAGGAGAUACUAUCUCAAGGUCAUGUAUGCGAUCAUCUUUGUAGUGGGGCUUGUGGGAAACGUCACCUCAAUCAUCAUCUACGUGGUCAGGUUGUGGCCAUGGAAGAGCAGCAGCAUCAUCAUGGUGAACCUUGCCUUGGCAGACCUCCUGUACGUUCUGAGUCUGCCCUUCCUGGUCCACUACUACAUCCAUGACGACUGGAUCGUGGGCGACGUCAUGUGUUGCAUUGUCUGCUUUAGCUUCCACUUCAACCUGUACGGCAGCAUCCUCUUCCUCACCUGCCUGAGUGAGUUCCGCUAUGUGGUGGUGGUCCACCCACUGAGGGCAGCAUUGGUACAGAGGAAGAGCUGGGGUGUCAUCGCCUGUGUGGUUCAUAUCUGUGUUGAAGCUUACACCCAUGGUCUACAUGAUCACUGUGGAGAAGACUGAGAACAAUAUGACAUCGUUUAUUUAGAACACAUUCUUAUUUAUAAUGACGGUCAUGUCUGGAUUUUGACCCAGAAGAGGUGUGGGUUUAUGGCUGGCUACUCACAGUCCUGGGCUACCUACUCCCCCUAGUGGUGGUGUGCCUGAGCUACACACGUGUUGCAUGUGAGCUGGCCGGUGGGCCCCACCAAGGCCGUCAAAGCCGGGUAAGUGCCCACAGGCUGGCUGUGCUGAUCCUGGUUGUGUUUUUUAUGUUCUUCAACCCCUUCCCCGUCCUCCGUGCCCUGCGGGUGUAUACCUGGACGGAAGCCCAAAGACUGGUGCCCUGUAUACUGCUGAGGGGGGUCGUGGUAUAUGGCAAAUAUGCCACGGCUAAGGGCUGUUCUUAUGCGCGACGCAAAGUGGAGUUCCUGGGUACAGCCCUUAGCCGUGGUAUAUUGUCAAUAUACCACAAACACCAGAGGAGCCUUAUUGCUAUUAUAAACUGGUUUAGGGCAGUAAAAUAAAUGUUUUUUCAUACCCAUGAUAUAUGGUCUGAUAUACCAUGGCAUUCAGCUAAUCAGCAUUCAGGGCUCGAACCACACAGUUUAUAAUGCAGUUUAUACCAUCUCCAGGGCUCAACACCUUCUUCAACCUGACUCUGUACACACUGGCUGGAGACAGGUUCCACCAGGCAGUCCUUGGCCUCUACCGCUGGAGACCCCAGUUUCUCAAGACCAAGAGGCCCAUCGUGGCGGCAGUGAUCGGCCAAGCAGGCAACAACAGCAUUUCACAGGCUAACCUGCUAAAGAGC